CAUCGCCAUCUUGUCUUAUUCUCUGUGUCGACUACAGUAACUAUUGGUGACUCUAGAGUCUCACAUCAUCAUUCAUUUUCAGAUUCUACGAUACACGGCUUGCGUAUGCUACAACAACUACGCAAUCUGACUGUUGCGCAAUUGUUUGCAUCUUACCAACUGGAAAGUAGAAUUUCAAACUCCAGAGAACCGACUCGACACCAUCUGUCCAUUCCCAUGACUGCGACGGUUCAUCGCUAUCUCUGACGCGACAUCCAAAGUCUAUACGUCUCUAUAUAGCGACUCAAAAGACGAAGAGGCGUCUAUCGCCGAGCCUCUAACUUUGCUAAUAAUGCCGAACGUUAUCCAAAGUAUUUCAGCUCACCUUCAGAGGGCAAUCACAACUGUUCAAAGCAGCGCUUCCUCAGAACUCGAUAAGCGGAUAAACAUACCUACAAAUAGCACAAGCCCACCCGGUCUCAUCGAAGCGAACACACGAGACCCGUGGUCAAAAUCUGGGAAAUACGCUUUGGGAUGGGUUUACUUCUGCGUAAUAUUAAUGGUAUUUGCAUGCCUCCUGCAUCUAUACCACAUCUGGACGGAUAAGAUACGUACGGCACUUUACAAAGAAGACGCUGCAGUAUCAGCGAUGAUCGAGUCCCCUGCGACAGACUACGAAUUGUCAGUGCUCAGCACAGAUAGAUCGACGAACAAAUUCUUCCCCCGUGAGGGACCAUUACCGGAAGGGCCCAAGAUGCAGUCAUCUUUGUCGUCUAUGUGGCUGGUCAACAAUGCGAUAGCCUUCUUUCGAUUUCUAUUCUACCGGCCAAUUCCAGUAAUCAGAUUGAGGAAAGGCUGGCGACCGAUCAUUUUUCCAUCCAUCGGAGCAGUUCUUCUUGUCUCGGUCGCCUUGGUAUUUGUCGUGCUAUACUGCUUUAUUCCACAACCUCUGUAUUGGCAAAGCAUUCAAUAUGGCUCUCCGCCACUGGCUAUUCGAGCUGGUAUGAUCGCGGUUGCCAUGAUGCCUUGGAUUGUUGGACUUAGCAUGAAGGCAAACCUCAUCUCUUUCCUGACAGGAAUCGGGCACGAACGACUUAACGUGUUGCAUCGAUGGCUCGCAUAUCUAUGCCUACUUUUGAGUCUGAUUCACACCAUUCCUUUCUACGUUACACCAAUCUGGUCUGAAGGGGGCCUGGGUGUUUUCCAAUCGGCCUUCGGUAAUUCCGGGAUCUACGUCUAUGGAUCUGGAGUUGCAGCUCUGGUACCUCUCGUAUUCCUUUGCGUGCAUUCUUUGCCACCUUUCCGCCGGAAGAUGUACGAGCUAUUCGUAGUGAUGCAUGUCCCAGUUUCCAUCGUAUUCAUAGCCAUGUUAUUCUGGCACUGCAAGAACUUCCUAACCUCCUGGCAUUACCUGUGGGCAACCACAGCGAUUUGGUUCAUUUCCUAUGUUAUCCGCCUUUUCUUCUUGAACUGGACAAACUACUUGCGACUAUCAUGGUUGGUAGGCGAAGAAGCAGCCGUGACAUUGAUGCCCGAAAACGCCAUCAAAGUCACCAUACCCACACAGAUGAAGUGGAAAGCCGGACAGUACGUUUAUCUCAGAAUGCCAGGAAUCUCGGUCUUCGAAAACCACCCCUUCACCAUCGCAUCUCUCUGGAGCGACGAUUUCCCCUCUCAAUAUGGCGAAGAAUACAGAGACAUGGUCCUGGUCUUUCGUCCUUUUGGAGGCUUCACCAAGAAGGUCCUCGACUCCGCACUGGAAAACGGACCUUGGCACACCUAUCGCGCCUUCCUCGAUGGCCCCUACGGUGGUAUGAAACGCGCCCUCCACUCUUUCGACCACGUUGUCCUCUUCGCAGGUGGCAGCGGCAUAACAGCACUAGUCUCACAGCUCCUCGACCUCAUCAAACGCCUCCGCGACGGCAAAGCAGUGACAAAAUCCGUUCAAGUGAUCUGGGCACUCAAACGUCCGGAAACAUUAGAAUGGUUCAAAGAAGAAUUGCGUAUCUGUAGAGAAUUUGCUCCGCCGGAUACUGUUCAGUGUCAAUUCUAUAUCACUGCUGCGAAACGCCAGCAACGCACUGGAGAACUGGUCUCUGCACAAACGCCCACGAGACCAAUCAGCAUGAUGUUCCACAGUAAGGUUAACGAGGCUUUCCAAAACAUCGCCAAUAACAGACUCUCCACCAUUUCCGCAAACACGAACAGAAACUCAGCUCUGAUCAUGGAAGAAGCAGCCGGUGAUCCAGAAAGAGAGAAGGUGCUGAGAAGGGAAAACGAAGAUCGCCCAAGACCACUGCCACAAGCCCAUCUCUUACCUAUGAGAAGUGCGUCCCGGAACGGCCGUGUUUCUCCUCCACCUUCAGAACUAUCAACUCCUCGCCUCACGUUAGCGGAAAAGAGGAAAUCGCAACAAAUGUCCAUUCCCCUACCCGACCCGGCAUCGCCAGCCUACCUCCAACAAUGCACACCACCUUCCAACCCCAACGAUUUCGACUUCGGCUUCCCCUCCACCCCAACCGAGUUCCAGAAGAACCUCAUGCGCUUCGCCUUUCUCCCUGCUGCGGUGAAAUCAAGGAAAAGUGGUUGGAGUACAGAGUAUGGAAGACCAGAUAUACCAUUCAUGCUUAGGGAGAUGAGUGCAGAGUGGACGGGCAGAAGAACCUGUGUGUUUGUGUGUGGGCCACCGGGUAUGAGGGUGGAUGUUAGCAAUACUGUUGCCGAGUUGCAGAGGACGGUGUGGAACGUACCUGGGAGGGAUGAGGUGUAUUUGCAUGCCGAGAAUUAUGCGAUUUGAGCGGGAGAAAGAUAGAACAAUAUGGGUGUUGGGUUUGAUAGUGUGGA